GUAACUGGUUUUACAGAUUUUGCUCAGCUGGAUUAUCUGAAUUGAUCAGGUUAAUUUCGUUUGUGGCCAAACAAAAUUUUAAACCGGCUGGGGCGUUUUGUUAGAAAUUUAGGACCAGUGGAUUAGAGCGACAAAAAAUGAGUCGAGAAGGAAAAAUAGUAACCUUUAAACUGUUUGUGUUUAAAAACCAAAGACCAACAGAAAUUCGUAAAUUCAUUUUGAAGUCGACCGACUUAUCCUUCGAAAAAAUGGAAGAGAAUUUGCUGGCUAUCUUCCCCGAUUUAAAAGAGUCGAAGUACACCUUAUUAUGGAAAGAUCAAGAUGAAGAUUUCAUUACUCUGUCGACUGCAAAGGAAUUUUCAACCUUUGAAGGCCACGUUUUGCAAUCCGAGGCAAAAGAUGAGAUGAAACUUUUCAUAAACUUCGAAGAUGAACUUUUUGCUGCCUCCCAGAAGUUCGAGCAGGGUAGACAGAUUCCGAAUUUCUCGUGCAAUGCCUGCCACAAAAAAUUGACUCUCAUGUGCCUAGAUUGUACCUCAAGAAACAUUCCCGCACAGGAACAAAAAAUUUUAAACAUUGCUAACCAGUCUCCUGUUCAAUUAACUCGUGCAAAUGAAAAUUGCGAGAUAAACACUCCCACGACAACCGCUGGGUCCAGCGGAAACAGUUCCAGCCGGAAUGCUUUCUCAGAGCAAGGUGUCGUCUUCAAUGCUACGCCGAUUUCUGCACCAAAGAUUUUUCCCGGUCCACCUAGCACCUACCAGUUUGGUUCCAAAUCUUCGGAGAAAGCCACUCCAGUUUUCGGACCAAACGUUAAUAAUUUUAAGUAGGGUGUUUUCUGGAAAUGAACCAAUUUUAACGACCAAAGCAUACUAAGCUCAAGGGUCUGGAUGUUCCUAAUGUAAAGUGCUUCAAUUACCUUUAUACGUAUUAAUCGGUUUUUCUUUUGGAGCAAAACCGAGAAUGCUUCCGUUGAAUAGUCACUAAAUAUCUUAAAUUUUUCAUCCCACAAGUGAUGGAACAAUGUAAUAUAAUAUUCUAAUUUAAGUUCGUUUUGUACCAGGAUUGAAUAAAGUUUAACUUUUUCUUACA